CAGCAGCAGGCGCGCAGGAGACGCGCUUGGAGACGGUCUGAAGCCGCAAUGGGAGUUUACGCAUCCAAGUUUCAAGAGUUCCUGCUACCGGCGUCGCUGCACUAAACAAAGACUCCGGUUUCUGUUUUCUCCCUCCCUCUCUCUCUCUAUUUCUCUCUCUUCCUCCCUCUCCUUUCGUUUAUGAGAGAGAGAGAGAGAGGUCUUCUAUGCGCCUUUUUUUUUUUGGUAUGAGGCGUUUCUAGCACAGGAUGUUGAUGAUUUUGGAAACCCGGGUAAGAUCAUAAAGUCAGUUCUCUCUGAUGAGAGACACCUCCACCUCACCGCUACAUAAACACACACAAAAAAAGGAAGCACGGUGGAAGUACUUUUUCAUUACGUCCAACACAAGGAUUUAUUUCAUAGUUAUUUUUCUGAAUGUCAUUAAGAAGCAGAGGGGCUUUUCUCAAAGACAGAAUGGAUCACUUUGCUGCAGAGUGCCUUGUUUCAAUGUCCAGUCGUGCAGUUGUUCACCCCCCUAAGGGCAACAGGGAGAUUAAACCGGAGAUCCCGACCUCCUCCAGGACUGGGGAGGAAAUAAAGGAGCCCCUGGUGAAGGAGAACUCCUCGCUUUUCGUGGUGGCGAGGAUCCUGGCGGAUUUUAAUCAGCAGACACCCAACGGGGUGGCCGAGCAGGCAAAGAUAAAGGAGGAGAUCACGCCGAACCUGAGAGAGGAUGGAAACCCUGCCACACCUACCGCCACCUCCGAUCCUGCGCUCAGACAAAGAGGCAAGAGAUCGAGAGGUCGGACUGAGCAGGAGCCACCUCAGAAAAAGCACAAAUGCAACUAUUCUGGCUGUGAAAAAGUUUAUGGCAAAUCCUCCCACCUCAAAGCCCACCUAAGGACACACACAGGGGAACGGCCUUUCCCAUGCACCUGGCCUGACUGCAUUAAGAAAUUUGCCCGUUCUGAUGAGCUGGCCCGCCACUACCGUACCCACACGGGGGAGAAGAAGUUUGGCUGCCCGCUCUGCGACAAACGCUUUAUGCGCAGCGACCACCUGAUGAAGCAUGCCAGGCGCCACUCCGAUUUCCAGCCCAGCAUGUUAAAGAAGCCUCACGGCGGGACCAAUACACGCCCCGGCUCUCUCAGCGACUACAGCCGCUCAGAUGCAUCCAGUCCCACCAUCAGCCCCACCCUCAGUGCAGCCAACUCGCCUUAAACUGAAACUUGGUCGCACUUUUCUGGCCCCCAGACUGUGAGGCCUGCAAUUUCAUCAUAACACUUUUGUUGCACAGUUGUGAGCAACCCGCCACCCCCUCCUUUGCUAUUCCUGCGCUUGCUGUGGUGUACCAUACUGUACAUAAGUGCUUAUUGUAGUGCAAUUACUUGUGUGAUCCUAAAAGAAGAUAAUGCCUUUCCCAGAUGGCGGUAUUUCCAUUCUGUACCACAUGUCUGUAUUUUCUGAGCUUCUGACUAUGGCUAGUUGUUAGUUGUAUACUCAGUUUCGAAGAAGGAAACGAAAAAAACAGACAGACUUCCUCAUAAGUCUUAUCAAUAUGUUUAAAUUUUAACUGAUUUCUUUUUUUUUAUUGAACGGGUCAGGAGAAGGGGUACACACAAACACACACACCUCAGGAUUUAAGACAGUUGCUCUUUCUGUAAUACCACAGUACUCGAGAGUACUCACAUUGACUGCACAAUAAACUCAUCACUUUAUUC